AUGUCGCCUCAACGAUACGAUCAUGUUAUCCAACUUCCCCAGACAGCUCCAGUCAACCCGACCCCACAAUCGCAGCAAAUCGCACAAGAAUGGUUGAAUAAAUUAGAGAACAUUUUCACGACCGGGGAAUUCUCGCGUCUUGAUGAGAUCUUCAGCGAGGAUUCGUGGUGGCGCGAUAUCAUUGCGCUCCAAUGGGACUUUCGCACCCUCCACGGCAGAAAGCGCAUUGAGGAGUUCCUGCAUCAAAAUCGGCGGCAUGGACCUCUGUCAUCUUUCAGGCUUCAGGAGACUGGGCACUUUCAGCCAAAGUUUGAGAUUGUGAAAAAAGACACUGGCUUUGCUUGGAUUUCGUCGCUUUUCCACUUUGAGACUCCAAUUGGCCGGGGAUCAGGUGUUCUCCGACUGAUUCAGGAAGAACCAGGAUCUUGGAAAGCAUUUUCCGUGUAUACAACUCUUCAAGAGCUGAAGGGCUUUGAGGAACCGCUGGGUACAAAGCGCACAUAUGGCACAUUGGACUCUAUGCCUGGCGGCGUUGCAAAGGGAAAUUGGCUCGAGCGGCGACAGCGACAAUUGGACUUUGUGGAGGAACACCCGCAGGUGCUUAUCAUUGGAGCUGGUCAGUCCGGGCUGAACCUCGGUGCACGCUUGCAAUCACUGGGUGUUUCGACGUUGAUCAUCGAUAAGAACGACAGGGUUGGUGAUAAUUGGCGGAAGCGUUACAGGACCCUGGUGACGCACGAUCCCGCUGAGUUCACUCACAUGGCUUAUCUUCCCUUCCCUAAGAACUGGCCUCAGUUCACACCGAAAGACAAAUUAGGCGACUGGUUCGAGGCAUAUGCAUCGCUUAUGGAACUGAAUGUUUGGACCAAAACUACCGUGUCGACUGCUAGCUAUGAAGAUAGCAAGGGCGAAUGGAUGGUGGAACUGGUGCGUGACGGAAAACAAAGGACAAUUCGUCCUCAUCAUGUUGUCUUUUGUACUGGCCACGCUGGAGAGCCAUUGAUCCCUCAUUUCCCAGGGCAACACGACUAUCAGGGUACCGUUUAUCAUGGAAGUCAACAUGAAGACGCGUCGAAUUACGAUGUCAAGGGCAAGAAGGUCCUUGUCGUCGGGACUGGCAACAGUGGGCACGAUAUUGCAGAGAACUUCUACCAUAAUGGGGCCGAAGUUACGAUGCUUCAGCGAAGUGGAACAUAUGUCCUGACUCUGGACAAAGGCGUGUUUAUCUUACAUGAAGGCAUGCAUUGCGAGAACGGUCCACCUACAGAACAAAGCGACAUCGUUGGUGAGAGCCUGCCAUUUCCGGUACAGUUUGCUCUGAACAUCGAUAUGACCAAGCGCAUUGCGGAGGAAGAGAAAGAAACCAUUGAAGGGCUUCAGCGUGCGGGAUUCAAGAUCGAGUGGGGAAUUGAUAAUUCUGGAAUUGCCAGACUCUACUACACUCGUGGAGGUGGCUACUACGUCGACGUCGGAUGCAGCCAGCUCAUUAUUGAUGGCAAAAUCAAGAUCCAUCAAAGCCCGGGUGGCAUCUCGGGCUUCAAAUCUGAUUCUGUGGUGCUAAAGGAUGGAACCAGCCUUAAAGCAGAUAUUGUCGUCAUGGCUACAGGGUAUGACAACAUGAAGACAACUGUGCAGAAAGUGAUGGGUAGUAAAAUUGCAGAUCGCUGCAACGAUGUGUGGGAUCUGGACGAGGAAGGAGAGCUUAACGCGAUGUGGCGACCAAGUGGCCACCCUAACUUUUGGUUCAUGGGUGGCAAUCUUGCAAUUUGCCGUAUUUAUUCAAAGUAUGUCGCUUUACAGAUUAAGGCCGCAGAGGAAGGGCUGCGCCCACCUGCUAUUCCGAACUAG